AUGGCUAAGAAACUUGCUGCAUUGAAACCUCCAUUAUUUAUGGGGAAGGAAGAUCCCAUGUUGGUUGAGAACUGGGUACGUGAUUUUGACAAGAUUUUUACUACUGCUGGUACCCCUGAUGCUCAGAAGGUGGACCAAGCCACUUUCUAUUUACGUGAGGCUGCUGAUAUUUGGUGGGAAAAUGAAGGAGCCACCAUAAGAGCUCAACAGAACUUUAAUUGGGAGGCUUUUAAGAAAGCAAUCAAGGAUCGUUUCUUUCCUGAACAUAUCAGGAGACAGAACUACAUCGAGUUCAGUAGGUUUAACCAAACUGCUGUGUUUGAUGAGAGAUCCAAGGCUCAGAAGUUUGAAGAUGGAUUGACUUUUAGGAUCCAAAAGAAGGUGAUUGGGGCUGGUACUGCUGCUACCUAUAAGGAGGCCUAUGAUAGAGCUUGCAAUAUCGAAAGGAUUUUGAAGCGCGAGCAGGAGGUCAAGGAUAGGCACAAGAGGAAGGGGAAUGGUGAGAGCUCAUCGAACCAUCAAGGGUAUGAUAAGAGACCACGGCUCGGGGGUAAUAGCAAUGGGAAUGGUGGAAAUGGUCAGCAGGGAGGCCGUGACAACAACAAUCGAAGCAAUAACCACCGGGGCCAGGGACAACAGAAUCGGCAAGGAUCUCGCAAUCGACCAUGUCGUAAAUGUGACAAGAGUCACCCAGGACGCAACUGUAAUGGAGAUUUGCUUACUUGCUUUGAAUGUGGGGAGGUUGGUCACAAGAAAUUUGAGUGUCCAAAGAAGCAGAAUGGCAAUAAUCAAGCUUAG